ACAAAAUCUCAUUAAUUAGAUUGCAUAGAAAAACGUUUAUAAUCGUGGUGUCCGGGCUUGCUUGUGCGCCUCGACUGAUUUCACAGGCUCAUGUAUCAGGUAAUUCUAUCCACUAAGGCUUCGACAGAUAGGAAUAUGAAGGCCAAAAUACCAAAUGAAAGUAAAGCAUUUUUUCAUUCCUGAAAGAGGUGCAUUUAUCUAGUGUUUUUGUCUCCGUUCAGAUUUAAACCUAAGACCUUAGCAUUUCUUGCUAUAUAAAGUAUAAACAGUAGAACAAAGCUUCUUCAUUUGGUCAAAAUAUUUUCCCAAUCAAGAAUAUUGCUAAUGUGCUUCAAUCUUCUCAUACUAGUAGCUCUCUUCUUAGUUAAUUUUGCACCAGCUUCUUGUGAAGUUGAUGCAUUCAUUUACAAUGGAUUUCAAUCAAGGAAUCUUAGCUUGGAUGGCAUAGCAGAGGUCACAUCCAAUGGCCUUUUGCUAUUAACAAAUUCUACAGUACAAGAUCAGGGCCAUGCUUUCUAUCCAAAUCCAAUUCAUUUCAAGAAUAAACCAGAUGGUAAUGCAUUUUCUUUCUCUACAACCUUUGUGUUCGCCAUAAGGUCGGAUAAUCGACCUUUGGAUGGUCAUGGACUAAUUUUCAUUAUCGUACCACAGAGAGGAAUUCGGGGGGCUGUGGCAAACCACUAUCUUGGCCUUUUUAACUCAACCAAUAAUGGGAAUAGAUCAAACCGGGUUGUUGGAAUUGAGAUCGAUACGAUCUUUAGCGACGAAUUUGGUGAUGUCGAUAACAAUCAUGUUGGAAUUGAUAUAAAUGGAUUGAAGUCUGUAGCAGCUAAAACAGCAGGUUAUUUUGAUGGUACUGGUUUGUUUCAUAACUUGACUCUAAUUAGUGGCCAGCCAAUGCAAGUUUGGGUUGAUUAUGAAGGCAGUAAUAAGCAAAUUAAUGUAACAUUAGCUCCAUUACAUGUGGGAAAACCAGUUAGGCCACUUUUGACUUUGAAAUAUGAUCUUUCACCAAUUCUUGAUCAGAUUAUGUAUGUUGGUUUUUCAUCAUCAACUGGUUCAGUCCCAACACAUCAUUAUAUCUUAGGAUGGAGCUUCAAGACAAAUGGGAAAGCUCAAGAACUCUCUCAACUUCCUAAUCUUCCUCGUCUUGCGCGCAAAGGGGCAUCAAGAUUUGUAAUGAUAGGGUUCCCACUGAUCUCUUUGGUUUCACUUGUUGUAGCAACCUCAAUAUUGGUUUAUUAUGUAAAAAGGAAGAAGUAUCAAGAACUUCUUGAAGAUUGGGAACGCGAGUAUAGACCGCAAAGGUUCAAGUAUAAAGAUUUGUACAAAGCCACUAAGGGAUUUAGAGAAAAGGAGCUAUUGGGAGCUGGAGGAUUUGGUAAAGUUUACAAAGGAGUGAUGCCUAUCACCAAACUUGAGAUAGCUGUAAAGAAGAUAUCUCAUGAAUCAAGACAAGGGAUGAAGGAAUUUGUUUCGGAGAUUGUAAGCAUAGGUCGUAUACAACACAGGAAUGUAGUACCACUUUUGGGUUAUUGUAGGCGAAAAGGGGAGUUACUUUUGGUUUAUGAAUACAUGUCUAAUGGAAGUCUAGACAAGUAUUUAUACGACCAACCAAGAUUCACCCUCGAUUGGAACCAAAGAUUCAGAGUUAUUAGAGGUGUAGCCUCAGGACUAUUUUUCCUACACGAAGAAUGUGACCAUGUAGUUGUUCAUAGAGAUGUUAAAGCCAGUAAUGUCUUGUUGGAUGGUGAAGUAAAUGGAAGGCUAGGAGACUUUGGACUUGCAAGGCUAUAUGGUCAUGGGACCGAUCCUCAAACUACUCGUGUCGUUGGUACUCUUGGUUACCUUGCACCAGAGCAUACCAGAACUGGCAGGGCAACACCUAGUACCGAUGUAUUUUCAUUUGGGGCUUUUUUGCUUGAAGUUGCUUGUGGUAGGAGACCGAUACAGCCAAGACAAGACGGCGAUGAUUUUAUUUUGGUCGAUUGGGUGUUCUCGUGUUGGAAUAGGGGUAAUAUUCUUGAGGCUGUUGAUCCAAACAUAGGCAUUGAUUUUGUUCCAGGGCAAGUGGAGUUGGUCUUAAAGCUAGGUUUGUUCUGCUCUCAUUCAGAGCCUUCGUUUAGGCCAACCAUGCGACAAAUCUUGUUGUUCUUGGAUGGUGUUGUGGCCUUACCAGAAUUAUCAGAACUCGGUGUCUCCUCAGCUGGACUAACAUUUGACCAUCGCGGAGGUUUUGAUGAUUUUGUCAAGUCGUAUCCAUCUUCUUCGGUUAAUGCACAUUCCUGCUCUCCAUCCGUAACAGACUCCUCUCUGAUUGCCGAUGAUUCAUGAUGAGUUGGAUAGAAUUUCUAGUUGGAAUAUUGAUGUAUUAAGUCUGGUAAAUAUAACCUAGUUUUGGUGGAUUAUGUACUGAUGAAUUAGAGUAGAUUAUGAUGAAUACUUAUAACGUUUUUCUCCUUUCCAGUA